UACACGCGAUAAAUAAUACAACGCGAUUGAUUGUGGUCUUGGCUCGCGUGUGUCAUGUCGAUAUCGCUUCCAUAUCGGUUUCGCACCGUCAAUUAUCGGGCGGAGGACAAAACGGAGCAGAGACAGAGUGUAGCUGGACACAGGAACUUUAAUCUCCACCCCCUUUUGUUCCCUUCCUCUCCCUCCGUAACUUCGUAAUUUCUGAUUCGAUUUAAAUCGAAUCAAAUGUGCAACGCGCGAUCGAUUCGAGGCGUGUGUUUCGACAUGCGAUAACAAUCGCUUUGAGUUAAACGCGACUCGUUCGUUGUCGCUCUUUCCGCGUGUAUUUUUUGGAUUUUUAUUUUCGUGUCAAUCCCAUACAGCUGUUUCGCUCGGCGAGAAAGUGCAGAAAGAGUAGAGAGCACGAGAGAAAGGAACGGGAUUGCGAAGGAUCUCCCGCUGGUUUCUGUCAUUACACGCGACCGCACGAUCGAUCUCGCGGAAUUGUCUAAAAAUAUUCCGUCGAUACACACACGAUCGCACAGCACAGGUUCGGUUUUUUUCCGUCUCUUCCCGGUCUGUGUGAUAGUCACCGAAUUCCCGAGCGAUGUCUGACCCUACCGAUCAUGUAGAUGCGUUGGAAGAGGAAUUGGAAGUGGACUCCAAUUACAAACCUCCGCCGGAGAAGACAAUCGAGCAGAUCUUGGAAGCGGACAAGGAGGACGAGAGUUUGCGCAAGUACAAGGAGACACUUCUCGGAGAAGCGAAAGCUGGCGGUGUCAUAGUAGAUCCAAAUGAUCCUAGGAAAGUGAUACUAAAGAAAUUGGCAUUGUGCGUCACCGACCGGCCCGAUAUGGAGCUGGAUCUGACCGGUGAUUUGGCGCAACUCAAGAAACAGACGUUUGUCAUUAAGGAGGGUGUGAGCUACAAAAUUAGGAUCGAUUUUAUCGUGCAACGUGAGAUCGUGCACGGAUUGAAAUACGUUCAGAAGACUUAUCGUCUCGGUGUACCAGGAGUCACGGUGGACAAGAUGACGCACAUGGUAGGUUCGUAUCCGCCUAAAAAGGAGCUUCAGUCGUACACGACUCCGGCGGAGGACGCACCGGCCGGUGUAAUGGCGCGAGGCUCCUACAGUGUCAGUUCCCUGUUCACGGACGACGAUAAGAACGAACAUCUCAAGUGGGAAUGGGCGUUCGAGAUCAAGAAGGACUGGAAAGAAUAAAAUCGUCUUCCUCUUUCCCUCCCCUACCCCUCCCCCCCCGCCCCAUACCAUGUUCGGCUACUCAAAGAAGAGGCGAUAAUCAAGCCACCAUUAGCCUUACUACACUCCGCGAGUAAUUAUUAAGAACGUAAUAACAAAAAGAGAAAAAUGCCAAACCUUAGACUUGAGUGGAUGAGUUUUUCAUGUUCUUCAGUUGACGUUGCCAUAUGAAAUUCAAUUACUUACAUGUGUCUUAAGUAAAACGAGACGGUAUUUAUUAAAGAAUUAUUUCCCUCGUAAUCGAUUGGACAUCUAUUCGCUAGUACUCGACAAAAUACACACACGUAUAUAUACACACACAUAUAUAUGUACACAUAUACAUACUUUAGAGACUAGUACAAGAUGUAAGUAGAAAUUAAGCGAUGCACGUCGCGAUCAGUAUUUCUGAAGUAUUGAGAUGGCGUAAACGCGAAAGGGUGAAUGUCAAUAAUAUACGUAAAACAAAAAUCCACAGUACUUUUAUAUAUAUAUAUAUAUAUACACAUACAAUUAUAUAAAACUGCUCUAACAGAAAUUACUUAGAUUAUAUAUAUAUAUAAAAAAUAUGGUUUUUGGAGAAAAAAAAUCAAGAAAUAUCCUGUUUAAUCGAUGUAAUUGUCUGUGUGUUACAUGUUGACAUAGUCUAAAUACAAGUGUACAAAAUUGCAUGCUAAACGUUUGCUGACUCGAAAAAAAAAACCAGACGAAAGACGUUGCCACAGAAAAAGAGGAGAGAAAUUAUCGGCGUUUCUAUUCUCUAAUCAUGAUAUCUAUCCUUGAAACAACAAUAUCACAUAUACGUCGAUAAGUAAUUUUGAAUGUUUAGCUGUAAAAACUAAUUUAUAUUCUAACAAUGUGGUGCACACACGCUAUUACGUAAUUUUACUUGCUCUAGUCGCGUUGGUUUCUCACAGGUGAAAUAAGUUUUUAGCAAUUUAAAAAACAAGUUGUACACGCAUCUCGACACAUAUGAUAACGCGUGUAUUAUUAUUUAUUUACAAAAAGUACAAAGAGAUUUCUAUGGAUUUUUCGUAUAGAAUAUUCUUCCUUGGUGCUACGUAGUACAAUUGAUAAUGUUUAUACGAAUAGAAACGCUGCAUAUUAUCUACUUUUUCUCAUUUGUGCAUGAUGGAAACGUCAAUGCGCUCCGAAGAUCUGAAAACCAUGUUCUCGGCAAGAUGUCUGUUGUAGCGAGAGUACGUUUGUUGUAGAGAAAAGUUGAGAAGUUUACCCUAAGAACAUCAUUCUAACAAAAUCGUGUACAUGUACAAUCGUAUCUACACACACACACACAUAUAUAUAUAUAUAUAUAUAUAUAUUAGAGCCUGUGGUGUUUCCUCACCGACCAAUUGUGUAAACUAGUAAAAACGCCGCGUCGUGUAUUUGUAUGAUAAUGAAAGCGACGAGACGAGGAGAAAUUUAAUAUAUAUUAGAAUAUUAUAGAUAACAUUUUGUACCGUCAACACCGCAGCGAGCUUCGAGAAAAAAAAUUAAUCGAGAAUAAAUUACCUCAAUGAUAUAUACGAGUAUGAUACAAAGUUUUACAUUAGAAAACAAUUUAUAGCACGUGUUGCGUAUGUUGUUUCAAAAUGAAAAUUUCGAAAAUUGUCUCGCGCAUUUCUCAUACAAAAAAAUAUAUCAUCACCAUAUUUUUUCAUCACGAAUCCCCAGAUCGUACCGACUGUGCCCGACCAAUACGUAAUUCUUAUUGCCCGAAUAAGAAUAAUGAAUUCAUGGGUUUUUCUUUAUCGUUUUUUUUGUACAUUUAUUUGUAUCUCGUGAAUGUAAAGAGAGAGAGAGAAAGAGAGAGAAAGGAAGAAGGGAGAGAAAGACAGAGAGAAUGAGAGAGAGAGGAAGAACGAGUGUGUGAGCAAGAGAAUUAUGUAGAGAAUUACUUAGAAUCUGUGUGUACUUCAUCAUGGAAUUUGUAUAUCACGUGUAUUAAUUUGUAUUAUGUAACACAAUACAUAUAUAUAUAUACAUAUUAUAUAUAUGGGACGAAUGUGAUUAUUGUAUAGCAAAUAUACAACUUAAGCCAAUAA